AGUCACCUGGCCAGGGCAGUUUGAGUUUUACAUAUGCGAAUUUAAAUCCUGCCACACCAUAUUGUUAGUAAGUAGUAUAACUAUUUACCAGUAAUGGAAACUCAACAUUUGCCAUCUGUGAAGUCUUUUUUUCUUUCAAAAAAUUAUUUUAUUAGACUUGUCCCCAUGGCUGCCUUUCUGGAGCCCAGCAAGCCCAGGAACGGGAAGCCCUCUAAGCUCCUAGGAAUUUUAGAUGUCAAGAACAUUUCCUGUGUACGGGACUUGGUAUUAUAUGGUUCAUUAGGAUCUGUUGUGGCUGGCCUUGGACAUUUUUUGUUAUCUGUAGAAUUAGAAGAUCAUGUGAUGUUGGAGUAG